GUUUACUCAAUUGAAGAAUGGUCUACGGGUCAUGCUGAUAUCUAGUCUGAAACCAGGCGAAGAACCCGAGCUUAUCUCUGACGACUCUGCGGUUGAAUCUGAAGGUGAAGGUGAUGAAGAGUCCGAGGAUGGGGAAUUUGAAAAGUCAGAUGUUAAUUGUGGUAGCUGUACGCAUGAGGAAUCACCAAAGUUGCGGAAGGCUGCUGCGGCAUUAUGUGUUAAUGUCGGGAGUUUUUCUGAUCCACUUGAAGCUCAAGGGCUUGCUCACUUCCUAGAACACAUGGUUUUUAUGGGCAGCGAAAAGUACCCUCGGGAAAAUGAUUUUGAUGAUUACGUUUGUCAACGUGAUGGAUUUACCAAUGCUUUUACAGAUGGAGAGUUUACGAUUUUCUACUUUGACAUUCAGAGGCGCCAUUUUGGGCCAGCAUUGGACAAAUUUGCAAAUUUUUUCGUUUCACCAUUGCUUAGCGAGGAUUGUGUCAAUCGGGAAUUGGAAGCGGUUCAUAGCGAGUAUGAACUGGCCAAAGCAAACGAUCAUUGGCGUCUAGAACAUUUUGUAUCCUCGUUGGCGAAGGACGGCACGCCCUACCGUAAAUUUGGGUUCGGUAAUCGUAUCUCUCUAAAAGACAAUCCUACUUCAAUCGGUACAAAUGUAUACGAAAUGCUUCGACAAUUUCAGCUCCGUUAUUACACUUCACAACUUAUGACUUUGGCAAUUGAAUCAAAAGUUUGUCCCAUAAAAGAAAUGGUCACCUUGAAUUUCAUCUGGAGUCUACCAUCCAUGCUACCGUUUUACAAAGCUGCACCGUUGAAAUUCCUCGGCGCUGUGGUUGGCUACGAGGGAAAGGGCAGUCUCCUAGCCUUCCUUCGCGAACAAAAUCUUGCCGUUGAGUUGUGUGCUGGAACCGUGACCACCGACAACACUCGGCACAACCAAAUGACCAGUCUCUUCAGCAUCUCCGUGGAACUCUCUGAACUUGGACGCGAAUUACCUUUCACAGUAGCGUCUCACGUCUUCUCCUACCUACAAAUGCUACGUGCCGCUGCCGACUUCAGUCUGGAAAACCCAGACGCAAGCACAUCGCCAUCAGGCGGUCGAACUCUCUCCUCACUUGUGCCGGAAUACCAAAAACUUUGCGCGGCCAAAUUUCGUUUCCAGGAGCCCCUGGAUCCUUGCGACACCGUCCAAGUCGUCGCCAUGUCAAUGCAAACUUUCCCCUCCGACGAAGUCUACGUCGCUGACAGCCUUCUUCUGGAACCAGAUCUUAAGCUCUACGUGGACAUCAUUCGCCGAUUGACGCCUGAGACCGCGAUUGUCACUCUCACCCAGUAUUUCUUUCCCCUAGCAACAAACUUUGACCUGCUGCCCCGAGAGGAAGACGACGAAGUGCCAGUCGAUCUAAAUUUGGAGCCUGGUCGCGAGAACGCCAGGGCGUUCGGUCAGCUCUGGCACCAACAAAGGACCAAAUUUAACGUUCCCAUCGCCCACGUGACGGUGCGCUUGUGCUCUAACAUCCCCAAAUCAGCAAAGCAAAAAGCCAUUCUUCAUCUUUGGGCUUGCGCUCUUGAUCAGCGCCUUCAGACGCUUGUGUACUCGGCCUCUGAGGCGGGUUUGCUUUUUUCCGUUUCGGCCGUGAGUAAUGGAUUGGAGAUCCAGGUUUCGGGCUUUAAUGAAAAGCUUUUCCUACUAUACCAAGAGAUUUUUGACUUGCUGUGCGCACCCCUGACCAACUCGGACGCGGGGCUGCUUAACGACCGAAAGUUCUCCACCUACAAGGACAGUCACAUCCGAAAGUACUUGACAGACGCCACGGAGCACCUUGUGGUCGACUACAUGAAGGCCUUGGAGGCGCUGUCGCUAGAUGACUUUGUGCAGUUUGUUCCCCAAAUGCUUUCUCAAAUCUACCUGAAGGCGUUCGUUUAUGGAAACCUUUCUAAAACUGAGGCAUUGUCGUUUUUCGAUUAUGCACUCUCCUCUCUAAAACCACCAAAAGCAGCCGUCUUAACUUCUUUGCCGAUUCCCGAAUUUCCCGUUUGUGUGAAUCGCCUGCGUGUGAUGAACUUCAACAAAGUGGACGUAAACACGUGUCUGUCUCUGGUGACCCCGUUGCAGGGCACGCCCUCGGAUGAUCUCAAACUCGAGGUCAUGAAUGAGCUCUUUGUGUCUUGUCUGAAGGAGCCCGCCUUCGCUUAUCUCCGUACAAGCGAAACACUCGGUUACUCUGUAGGGCUCUACUCUUGGCUUCUGCUUAGCACCACUCGGCAGUGUGGCGCCACACUCACUGUCUGCAGCCAGGCCAAUAAAUUCGACUCCAGCCUCGUAGCUGGCCGCAUGUACGCCUUCUGGUACCGCAUAAUACCGCAAAUCAUCUUCAGGCUGAAGCCUGAGGCUUUUCAAACUGCGGGAUCCUUUUCCAUCACACGUCAGUGCGCUCCCUUCGUUAAGGUGGACUCAAUGAUCGCUUCAAACCGCUUGGAAGACGCCACAAUGGAGGUUGAGAUGCGCAGAAACAGGGCCGAAAUACUUUCGAGCGUGCCGAUAUUUGAUCGACGCCAAAGAGCGAUUUCCAUUCUUCAGAACCUUACGUUGAAAGACUUCCAGGACUUUUAUCGAUCGACCUACUUUAACAAUGAUAGGCAACCCGUUCUUAUGCUUCAGGUAAGAAGUAGCAAGUUUUUUUCAAAUCAAUACAUUCUUUAA